AUGAGGUUAACCGUUGGAAGACCAUCAUCUGAAGUUGAAGAGAUCAGUAAUUUUGCAAAAUGGUUGUUGGACGUUGGUGAGGGAAAUGUUGGCGGUUCCAAUUAUGGAGAAGCAAUAAUUGAAAUACCACCUGAGCUUUUAAUUGACAGCAUAUCUAAUCCAAUUUCUAGCCUGAUUGAUUUUGUCUAUCCAGCUAUACUUGCGCCUAAGAAUGAAGUUGUUCACGAGAUUAACGACAGAUUGUUGGCACUUUUCCCAGGUGAAGAAAAAGAGUAUCUUAGUUCUGACAGUCUAUGCCCUACUGAAGAUGGCAAUGUUGAUCAGCAAAAAAUAUACUCACCCGACGUGCUGAAUGGUGUUAAAGUGUCUGGUUUACCAAAUCAUAGGUUAGUGCUUAAAGUUGGUGUUCCAGUAAUGUUGUUGCGAAAUAUUGACUAA